AUGCGGCAUUCCAAAAGAACUCACUGCCCUCAUUGGGAUGGUAGAGAGCGCUGGAGCCAGGAAAGCUACAGUGGGAGCCACAAACGGAAGAGGAGAUCCCACAGUAGUACACAAGAGAACAGACAUUGUGAACCACAUCACCCGUUUAAAGAAUCUGAUUGUCAUUAUUUAGAAGCAAGAUCCUUGAAUGAGAGAGAUUAUCGGGACAGGAGAUACAUUGAUGAAUACAGAAAUGAGUACUGCGAAAGAUACGUUCCUAGGCAUUAUCACAGAGAUGUUGAAAGCAGUUACCGAAUCCACUGCAGUAAAUCUUCGGUCCGAAGCAGGAGAAGCAGUCCUAAAAGGAAGCAUAAUAGACUCUGUUCAAGUCAUCAGUCACAUUCGAAGAGCCACCGAAGGAAAAGAUCCAGGAGUAUAGAGGAUGAUGAGGAGGGUCACCUGAUCUGUCAAAGUGGAGACGUUCUAAGAGCAAGAUAUGAAAUUGUGGACACUCUAGGUGAAGGGGCCUUUGGCAAAGUUGUAGAAUGCAUUGAUCAUGGCAUGGAUGGCAUACAUGUAGCAGUGAAAAUCGUAAAAAAUGUAGGUCGAUACCGUGAAGCAGCUCGUUCAGAAAUCCAAGUAUUGGAGCAUUUAAAUACUACUGACCCUAACAGUGUUUUCCGAUGUGUCCAGAUGCUAGAAUGGUUUGAUCACCAUGGUCAUGUUUGUAUUGUAUUUGAAUUGCUGGGACUUAGUACCUAUGAUUUCAUUAAAGAAAAUAGCUUUCUACCAUUUCAAAUUGAUCACAUCAGGCAGAUGGCUUAUCAGAUCUGCCAGUCAAUAAAUUUUUUGCAUCAUAAUAAGUUAACUCAUACAGAUCUGAAGCCUGAAAAUAUUUUAUUUGUGAAGUCUGACUAUGUAGUCAAAUAUAAUUCUAAAAUGAAACGUGAUGAACGCACACUGAAAAACACAGACAUCAAAGUUGUUGACUUUGGAAGUGCAACAUAUGAUGAUGAACAUCAUAGUACUUUGGUAUCUACACGGCAUUACAGAGCUCCAGAGGUCAUUUUGGCUUUAGGUUGGUCUCAACCUUGUGAUGUCUGGAGCAUAGGUUGCAUUCUUAUUGAAUAUUACCUUGGUUUCACCGUCUUUCAGACUCAUGACAGUAAAGAGCACCUGGCAAUGAUGGAAAGAAUAUUAGGACCUAUACCAACACACAUGAUUCAGAAAACAAGAAAACGCAAGUAUUUUCACCAUAACCAGCUAGAUUGGGAUGAACAUAGUUCUGCUGGUAGAUAUGUUAGGAGACGCUGCAAACCAUUAAAGGAAUUUAUGCUUUGUCAUGAUGAAGAACACGAGAAACUGUUUGACCUGGUUCGAAGAAUGUUAGAAUAUGAUCCAGUGAAAAGAAUUACCUUAGAUGAAGCAUUGCAGCAUCCCUUUUUUGACUUAUUAAAAAACAAGUGA